AUCUUUUAAAGUCUGCGGAUCGAAUAACAUGAUUAUGCCGAAUUGUUAUAUCAUUAUAACAUUUUACAUAUAUUUUAAAUAGAAAUGUUGACCUAGUGCGAUGUACUUGUUAUGUUAAAGGUGGAAUGCGAAUUGAUUUCUUGAAAGAAAGUGUUAUUAUCGUUACAAGAGUAGUUUCGCUUUAACGGGUCCUCGGCUCACAUUGGGGGAUUUAAACUUAUCGUACUGGAACUUGUUUACCCCUGUUUAUAAAGAAAAAUAAGUUCCCAUUUCGAGAAUUCCUCUGGAUUCUGUGAUCGUUACCCAAGUGUUUUUGAAUUUUAUGGACAAGUGGUAGAUUUGAAUAGCAGCCAGAAGAAAAUCGAAAACAGACAGUAAAGGAGGCGUCACCAUGGUUUGCUGUGAUGAGAGAUGGGGUCCAAUAUUCUUGAAAGUUAUCAACGUCCUCUUUAUCAUUUUCUCACUGGCCCUCAUUAUUCCUGGAAUCAUGGUACUGGCAAAUGUGGACCUCAUCAACGAUAACAUCCUACCCCUGAUGCAGCAGCUGACUUACGGGGGAUUUAAUCUGGGGGACGUGGCUACAAGUCUGUCUGUAUCCCUCAUAGUGGUGGGCACUAUCGUCCUCAUCAUAGCUAGCCUGGGAGCCAUAGGCGCCUUCUGCAACCGGCCCGCCUGUCUGGAUAUUUAUGCAGGCGUUGUUUUGAUACUGUUUAUUGCCAAGCUGUUCGCUGUAUUUCUGUGGUUCGAUAUGAACGAUAAACUUCAGUCCUUUAUCAAAACCCAGCUGCUGACAGUGAUACAGUCCAACUAUGCCGCAGACGAUCUGUCAACCAACCAAAUCUCUACAGCUUUCAACUACUUGUUCAUGUCGAUGUCGUGUUGUGCUGUGAAUGCUUUGAAUGGGACUGUCAACGACUUUGACAAUACUCCUUGGAUAACCACUGGUACAGCAGGAAGUAAACAAAUUCCGACCUUCUGUUGUCUGGGGGUCACCCCAGAUUCCUACGCCACGUACAACGACACUUCCUGCACCGACACAGUUACAGCAAACUACCAAACAACGGGCUGUUAUGACGCAGUGUACAACUUACUCAACAGCUAUUCAAUAGCAUUCAUAGUCAUUGGGAUCCUUAUCUUAGUCAUAGAGGCUUUGGCCGUGGUGACAGCGACUAACUACAUGCAUUACAAGACUAAACAAGAAGAAAAACAGAGGAGAAAGGAGAGGAAGCAGAACAAAGCAAAUGCAUGAAUGUGCCAUAGGAUGGUCGUCCGCAGACGAUGCCAUGCGCAGAGAUUCCUAUUGUUUAUGGGGUGACUUUUGACUGCAAUAUCGAUGUGUUAAUUAUCGGUGCUUUGUUGGCAUUAUAUAAUAUGCAUGCAUUUACGUUCUAAAGAAAAUCCUGCUUUGUGAUUGUAUGUUUUACUGCGGAAUGACAAACCUGGUGAUUUUUCUGUACUAAUUUCUCAAACAUCUAUAGAAACAUAUGUAAUGACCCCAAAUCAUUUGUCUUUCAAUUUUAAUUUUUCUAAAGAAAAAAUUUCAGUUGCAUACUGUAGAACUCAUAUUGUCUUUCGAUAAAUUCCUGUUUACAAUGCCUGAAUUAAAAUACAACAAAAA